UUGAAAUAUCGAAGGGGAACGAAACAUAACUUCCGUCGCACGAAGGCGCUACUCGGCCAUUUCUUUCCGUGCGGUUCUUUAACAUGACUGGUUUGACGAAUAGGGCCGUUGUUAUUGAUGGUCGUGGCCAUCUGGUUGGUCGUUUGGCCUCCGUUAUUGCUAAAUACCUUCUUCAAGGAGGUAAAGUAGCUGUUGUACGUUGCGAGGAAUUGAACCUCUCUGGUCACUUCUACAGAAACAAAAUCAAGUACUUAGCGUACUUGCGCAAACGUUGCAAUGUGAAUCCUGCUCGUGGUCCAUACCACUUCCGUGCUCCGUCACGUAUUUUCUAUAAAGCUGUACGAGGCAUGAUUCCACAUAAAACCAAGCGUGGGCAAGCCGCACUUGCUCGUCUCCGCGUUUUUGAUGGUAUUCCACCUCCAUAUGACAAGCGUCGUCGUGUCUGUGUACCAAUUGCCAUGCGAGUCCUCACAUUGCGUUCCGAUCGCAAAUACUGUCAAGUUGGACGUUUGUCCAGUGAAGUCGGCUGGCAUUACCAGGAUGUCGUUAAGAGUCUGGAACGGAAACGUAAGGCUAAAUUGCGUGUCACCCUUAAACACAAUAGAAUCAUGAAGAAAUUGACGGUGAAAGCUCGCGAAAAUAUUACAAAGGUGGCGGAACCAUUCAAUAAAAUCAUCAAAUCUUACGGAUACGAAGUUUAAAAUACGUAUCCUGUAAGUUUGUUUUAAAUGAUUAGAAUUCACUUUUUAAUAAAAAGAUAAUAAGUAAAA